AUGUCGGACAGACUUCUUUCCACGUUCCCGCUUCCUGCACCCACCCUGUCCGCCCUGGCGAGGGCAGGAUACGAAACCAGCAGCGACCUCUCAAGCCUCACGCCCGAACAGCUUUCCAAAGACUUGAACAUACCCCUUCCCGCUUCUCAAGCCGUCUUCUCCGCCACUCGCCCGACCGCGGCGCCUCCCAUGACCCAGUCAGCCGCAGCCAUGAUGGGCACCACCACGCAGUACUCCACGGCCUGCGCGCCCCUGGACAGGCUGCUUGGCGGCGGCCUCAAGCGCGGACACAUUCUUGAAAUAAACGGCCCCCCUGGCUCGGGCAAGGAGCAGAUAGCUGCGAACGCGGUCACGAGCUUCGUGGACGCCAACCAGGAGGUGCUCUUCGUCGACAUGCAGAACAUGGUUCUCCCCGCCACAAUCAAGAGAAUCCUGAUGGCAGAGCGUCCCACGGCGGACGCCGGCGGCAUGGCUCUGGUCCGCUACCACACGCUGCACACCACCGCCGAACUCGUCGUCUUCCUGCGCACGCUCCCUGCGUAUCUCGCCGCCAGACCCGCCACGGGCCUGCUCGUGCUCAAUUCAUUGCCUUUCCCUUUCCAGGUAAAGCAGGACUACAAGGACCGCAAUGCUAUCCUCGACCUCCUGCGGCAGGUGUUGAUGCGCGCAUGCGCUUCCAUGGGUCUGACUGUCAUAAUCACGAGCCAGCUGGUGUCGAAGUCGUGUCAACGCGACGGAGAGUCCGGAUCGGCGCCCCUGGGGUCGAAGUACACUAUGAUUCCCUCGUUUGGUGCCGCCCAGUUCCCUUCAGGAAAGACGUACAGGGUGAUCCUUGUCCCCAAGACGAGAACGACGGGCGACAUGCGCCUGCUCUCAUCCCCAACACACGUUCCCUCAGCACACGCCCUGCGCGAAGAGCCCUACCAACGGGUCCGCGGCGCCAUUGCGUAG